CUGCCAGUAUCCAUGGACAUGGGCCUUGAGGUCUCCACCUCUUCCACCACCUCUUCAUCGUCGGCCUCGGCCACGUCCGACCACAGCAGGGUGAUGGCGCCAGCGAAGCGCCCUGCGGGGCGCACCAAGUUCCGGGAGACGCGGCACCCGGUGUACCGCGGCGUGCGGCGCCGGGGCAACGCCGGCCGGUGGGUGUGCGAGGUGCGCGUCCCCGGCAAGCGCGGUGCACGGCUCUGGCUUGGCACCUACGCCACCGCCGAGGCCGCCGCGCGGGCCAACGACGCCGCCAUGCUGGCGCUCGGAGGAAGCUCCGCCUCGUGCCUCAACUUCGCCGACUCCGCCUGGCUUCUCGCCGUGCCGUCCGCGGUCGCCGACCUCGCCGACGUCCGACGCGCCGCGGUCGAGGCCGUCGAGGAUUUCCAGCGCCGGGAGGCCGCCAGCGUCCCUCCCGCCGCCGAGGAGCCCACUUCUAGCGAUUCCUCGGCACCGUCGUCGCCUGACAAUGCCGGUUCGUCGGAAACGUCUGCCCAUGGAGAGCCCGAUGGCAGCGAUAUGUUCAGGCUUGACUUAUUCCCGGAAAUAGACUUGGGCUCGUACUACAUGAGCCUGGCGGAGGCCCUGCUCAUGGACCCGCCGCCGAUGGCCACCGCCAACGGCUCGUCCUGGGACAACGGAGACUGCGGCGACGGUGCAGCCGACUUCUCGCUCUGGACCUACUAGCUAGUGCCGGAUUCCCGAGCUUAUUUUACUCUUGACUCUGCUUUUUUCUUGGCAAAGUUCUUUUGCGAGCAGACUCUGUAACUAAUAAGUUUAAGCUGAUUCAGAUCCAGAACUGAAGUAUGAAACACAUUUGGUUCCUCAAAA